CCAGCCUCAUAUAUACUCUCUCUCUCUCUCUCUGCACCGUCCACUACUUCCUUCAUGAUCUAUGUACUUUCUCUAUCUGUAUGUAUAAAAGUGAAUCCACAUAUUGCCUUAGAACUGUUCCUCCCACUCUCUCAAACAUUAUACUUUUCUUUUUCUUUUAAUUUUUCAUCUUCAAUCAAUGGCAGACCCUUACUCUAAUUUCUUCUCUUCUAAUUUCUUCCACCAAUUCAAUAAUAAUCCCUCACACCAUCACCAUUACCCUUCUUCUAACCCUCACCACCACCCUAAUUAUCUCCACAAUUUCAUCAACCACACAACAACUUUCAACACUACCAACACUUUUUUCCACUAUCAUCAUCUUCAAACUACAACUCCUUCUUAUUCUUCACCUCCUUCCCCUCCUCUAAAAGAAGCUCUUCCACUUAUGAGUCUAAUUCCUACAAAGCAACAGGAAUACUUAGAUGAUGAAUCUUGCAGUUUAAUGGAUGUAGAGGAUUUCAGCCAUAAAUUUGAGGAAAUUAAAGAUGAUGAAAAAAGUGAUGAAGGUGUGACUGUUGCACUACACAUAGGGUUACCAAGCCCUAGUGCUGCUGAGAUGGCAACUAUGAUGAACAUGUCUUCUUCUUCAUCUGAGAUUAUGAAUGAAAGAGAAGAUGUAAUAAGUGAAGAUUCUUCAAAUACUAAUGGUUUCUUAAGUUGUAAUAGACUCAACAAAGGUCAAUAUUGGAUCCCUACACCUUCUCAGAUUCUCAUUGGUCCUACACAGUUCUCUUGUCCUGUUUGCUUCAAAACCUUCAACAGAUACAACAACAUGCAGAUGCAUAUGUGGGGACAUGGAUCACAAUACAGAAAAGGUCCAGAAUCUCUAAGAGGAACACAACCAACAGGUAUGCUAAGGCUACCAUGCUAUUGUUGUUCACCAGGUUGCAGGAACAACAUUGAUCAUCCAAGAGCAAAGCCUCUAAAAGAUUUCAGAACACUUCAAACACAUUACAAGAGGAAACAUGGAAUCAAGCCAUUCAUGUGUAGGAAAUGUGGUAAGGCUUUUGCUGUUAGAGGGGAUUGGAGAACUCAUGAGAAGAAUUGUGGAAAGCUUUGGUAUUGUCUUUGUAGAUCUGAUUUUAAGCAUAAGAGGUCCCUUAAAGAUCAUAUAAGAGCUUUUGGAAGUGGUCAUGCUGCUUAUGGGGUUGAUGGUUUUGAAGAAGAUGAUGAACCUGCAUCUGAAGUUGAACAGGAUAAUGAUUCAACUCAGUAGCAUAGUUUUACACUGCGGUAUGCAAUCGCAAUAUUGAAGAUUUUGAAAAUCGCUGCAAUGGCAUUGCAGCUGUAAUAUUGGCUGAAUCGACCGUAUUUAUCCACAUUUUUCCGUAAUAUAAAGAUUUGUAGCGUAACUGUAAACGCGACUGCAGUUAAAAAUCAUGCUUAAUUAGUAGUAUAUA